AUAGAUUCCUUUACAUAAACGUUGGAAGUCCGGGCCGCUGCAAUGAUUCUCAAAUUUUUGAAAAUUCAUAUGUUAAAGAACAGCACCAACAACCAAUUCUUAAAGAAAUGUCGAAGAAUCUUUGCGGUGUAGAUAUUCCUGUUUUACUUCUCGGAGAUUCAGCAUUCAGGUUAUCUGAAUAUUUAAUGAAACCGUAUCCUUUUAAUACCACAGCAACAGAAGCAGAAAAAAAUUUUAACUAUGUUCUUUCGAAAUGCCGAAGAGUAGUUGAAAAUUCUUUUGGUCAUCUUAAAGCAAGGUUUAGAAGAUUAGGAAAAGGUCUCGAUAACCGCAUCGACAACAGUACAUUGAUAAUCAAAACAGCUUGUGUUUUACACAAUUUCUUGAACGUUUUUAAUGACGACAUAAAUAUUCAGUGGUUGCAAAAUGCAAAUAAUACUCUAGAGAGAGAACAACCUGAAAAUAUUACCCAAAGAGAUGACUUUCUACCAACGCCUUCAAUUAUACGAAACGCUAUCACCAUGCAUUUAGAUGUGGAUGCACCCUCAUCAGGCGAUGGAGAUAAUGGGUUUUCUUUGUUGGAGCAUUCUGAAUACUCAUGGUCCUCUAUCACCGUGAUAUCUAAUGAUGAAACUGCAGCCGUAGACCCACUUGAAUUGGAAAUGGACUCUGAAAGAAUAUAAAAUAGAGUGUGUAAUGUAUUUACAUACAUGAAUUUUGUUAAAAUUAUAAUUUUACCUGAAGGACGACUGUCUUCCACAACAAACUCUAAAUUGUGUAUCCGGUGUCCUCCAAGAACGCUGUGUACUUUAUUGUAUAAAGCCCAUUCGGAUGGGGAACCUCCGGAUGGACCAAUGAUUUGUUUUUCCUUCCUGGAAAUUAAAGAUUAACAAACAAUUUUGUAUGUACAUAGAUAUAUCAAGAAAAUAAUGAAUUUGUUCCUACUUGUAUUUGGUCGUUAAA